CCCCACCCUGGUACACGGUAUACAUUCACCAUAUAUCCACAAGUAGCUGAUAUGGACGGAGAUCCAGAAAAUAUAUCUACCUAUACAAAACCCAGUGCUGUUUCUAAUAUCACAAUCAAAAAUAUCAGCGAAAAUGAAGUAAUCUUAAGUUGGAGUUCUGAAGAUGCAGCUGCUUCUGGAUACACCUACAGAGUAUACAUAAUAAAUGUGAAUACUACAAAGGGCCUCAACCAAACAUUCUCAUCCCAAAUGGCCUCCAUCCAGAACUUAAAUCCAGGCACCUCUUAUAUAUUCUCAGUUUUUGCACAAGUGAAUAAUGGCAAAACUGAAGGAGACUCCAGCAUCCUGUCUGUCUGUACAGUUGCAGCAUCAGUGGAUGAACUGAACUGUACAUCAGUACCUAAGCAGCCAGAACUGACUUUAAAAUGGAAUCCUCCUUCUGGCCUUUGUAAUGGCUUUCUGAUUCAGAUCUCAAACAGUGCUUUCAACAAAACGGAACAUUACAGCUCAGAAAAUCAGGGUGCUGUAAUGAAAAAUCUGAGUUACUUUUCCAACUACACAGUUAGGAUUGUAACCCAGUCAUGUGGGGAAAAGAGCUCUCCACGGGAAAAAAUGUGUCGUACAAGUAUCACUGAUCCUCCAGUUCCUUCUGAACCACCUGCUAUUGAGGCAACUAGUCAUAACUCAUUGAAAGUUCGGUUUUGGCCUUUUAAUCCCAUUAAUGGACCAUUAAAAGCAUAUGCGGUAAUAAUCUCAUCAAAAGAAAUGAAGUGCAGCAAUGCAUCUUUGACAGACACUUAUCAGGAUUUUACCAAGGGAAAAACAAAUUCUUAUGUUGCAAAUGUCAAAUAUGUGCAACAUUCCCACGAAGAUGAUCGUUAUAGUAUUGAAAUAGGAGAUGGCUCAACACAUCAUCACUAUUUCAAUGGGAAGCUAGAUCCUCUUGGCUCAUAUAGUGCAUGUGUGGCUGGUUUCACGUCUAUCGUUUUUAAGAAUGACUCUAUCAGCUCAAGGGAAAGCUAUGUCUCAUUUUCGGAUUUCUCUUCAUUUGUUGCCUUACCCCAAAAUCCAGAAGUUAUCACAGGAGCCGUUGUUGGGUGUAUUCUGGGUGCUGUUCUUGUUGCUGCAAUAGUGGGUUUCAUCUUUUGGAAAAAGAGAAGGAAAGAUAGAAAAAACAAUGAGGUGCCUUUUUCUCCAAUUGCACCUAAAAAAUCAAAAUUAAUUAAAGUUGAAAACUUUGAAUCUUAUUUUAAGAAACAAAAAGCUGAUUCAAACUGUGGGUUUGCAGAGGAGUAUGAGGACCUCAGGCCAGUUGGUGUUAAUCAGCCCAAAUUUGCUGCUGAACUACCAGAUAACAAAGGAAAAAAUAGAUACAACAAUGUCUUGCCGUAUGAUAUUUCUCGUGUUAAACUUUCAGUCCAAAGCCAUCCAUUCAGUGAUUACGUUAAUGCAAACUAUAUCCCUGGAUACAAUUCCAAGAAAGAGUUCAUUGCUGCUCAGGGUCCUUUACCAAACACUGUUCAAGACUUCUGGCGCAUGAUCUGGGAGAAAAGUAUUCAUACUAUUGUUAUGCUGACUAAAUGCAUUGAACAAGGCAGAACAAAGUGUGAGGAAUAUUGGCCAAAUAAACAGUCCAAGAACUAUGGGGACAUAACUGUAGCCAUGACCUCAGAAAUUAUCCUUCCAGAGUGGACAAUAAGAGAUUUUUCCAUGGGAAAAAGUGAUUCAUCUGUAAGUCACCCUGUGCGACAGUUUCACUUCACUGCCUGGCCAGAUCAUGGUGUUCCAGAAACAACUGACCUCCUCAUCAGCUUCAGGCACUUAGUGCAGGACUAUAUGAAGCAGAAUGCCCCCACUCCUACUUUGGUACACUGCAGUGCUGGUGUUGGGAGGACUGGAACUUUCAUUGCAAUUGACCGUUUGAUCCAUCAGAUGGAGAUGGAGAACACAGUUGAUGUGUAUGGCCUUGUAUAUGAUCUCCGAAUGCAUCGGCCUUUAAUGGUGCAGACAGAGGAACAAUAUGUCUUCCUAAACCAAUGUGUUAUGGAUAUUAUUAACACCAAGAAAGAGAAGAAAGCAGACUUGAUCUAUCAAAAUACAAACGCCAUGGCAAUCUAUGAGAACUUUAGGCCAUCACCACGUCUUGGAAAGGCAAAUGGUUACCACGUGUAACUGUUAAGGAAUAACAUGCUACCCACUUCUGACAUGUAUAGGAAAGCAAAUAUGCACUGAGGUUUUUUCCCUAUCUUUAUGUAAAGAGACUUUUAAAAUAACUGAUCUGAACAUACACAUAUAAAAAUGCCAAUGAGAACUGUGGUUUAAUGCAUUAAUCAGAGGAAAUCUGCUUCGAUGUAUUAUUUUUGGAAGAAAUUAACUCAUAUUGACUGAACAGGGAUGUCUGUUUUUAAAUGUAAACAUAAUUACUAUAAGGACUUUUAAAAUUAAGUCAGACUUGGAAGAAAUUGAAUCUAUUUUACAAGUUUGGGUGAUGUUAAUUUGUAGAUUUGGUUGCUUUGCCAAAUGAAUAGUCAAAGAACAGUGACUGUUCAUGUUUUUUUCUAAAAGGGAGCACAAAUAUAUUUUGUUAAUUGGAUGUUUUAAUAUGUUAUUGUGCCUUUUUUCUAUCUAUUUUGCUAUAGACAAAAAUGAUCAGAGUCCUAUAUUUUUGUAUUGAAAUUCUCAGUGGGAAUAUAACAUUUCAGUAAGAUUAAUAAUUUCUGUGGAAUAGCUUUGCUGAUUCUUCCCUCCUGGAAGUGGUAGUGUGUAAAGCAACAGCUUUGCAAUUCAGUCUGUUCACUUGAUCAUGUGGAAAUAUCUGUGUGAUAUCUGUUUCACACAACAAGAUAUCACAGUUUUCUCAUAGAGGCUAAUCUAAAACUAAUGUCAUUUUGUGUUCAUUUGUAGGAUUUAAAAAUGCCUCCCAUUUUCAUCAAUUAUUGGCACUUGUUUCAAACAUUUGCAUUAUUGUAAUGCUGUUAGUGACUUCAGAUGCCACAAUGCUUCCUCUGAUGGGAUGAUUUCACAGGUUUUUGUAAACAUAAUGGUGUAAAUUUUUACAGCCAAUCACAUCAAGGAGUUUACAAGUACGAAUGAGGUUGGGGUCAGUAAGGGUAAGGUGAAGGGAAUUGAUGCUGAGAAAUAUUAGCAGCCAAUAUAACAAACAUCAAAACAAUGCGUUUGGUAACAUGGGUAUAUUUUUCAGUGAUAAGCUUGGCCGUAUUAGAAUAUAUUCCUUUCAAAGCAAGUAUCAUAAUUAGAGAAUAUUUAACUGAAAAUUGAAAAAGUUAGAAGCAGGACUGUUAAACAUUCACUGGUUUCUUAGAAAAAUAAUAUGGGGGCAGCUCUCACUAGAGAUGCUCAUCUGUGAUCUUGAAUAAGUGCCACAUUAUCUUUCCUCAGGUUUCAGAGUGGUUUCAGAAGGGCACAUCAAGUUCAAAUUGGCUUUAGUCAGCCACUUUCCUGUAUGGUUAAAGCCAUGUGUUAAGUUUCCAAAGUGCUUAAUGUGUGGUUAGCAGUUUAAGUGGUAAGCUUAUAAUUUGGUUAUUACCAUAGUAGAUCUUGGAUAUUUGUCCUUAGUGGUAUCAAAUAGGGAAGAGAAGGGUCAUUCAAUCUGGACUUUAACUUUUUUUUUCUCAUGGUGUAUUUGUGUGUGUAUGGCUUGGUUGCGUUGUGAGUUGUUGGCGGGAGGAGAGGCUCCCAUGUCUGGUGUAAUGUCUACUGUUUUAUUGUACAUAAUAAGGAUUUAUUUAAAGGUGCAAUAUUUGGUUUACUGAUUGCCUCUAUUCCCAUAGAGUUUUACUCAGGUUCAAGCUGUCCUCUUACUUGUUGUGUUUUUUUUUAAAAAAAUGUAUAAUUUUAUGUAGUUUUCAUUUUUCUUUGCUUUCAAAAUCAGUUUACUUCUGCUGAUUCUGAUAACUGCGGAAUGUGAUUUUAUCCAGUUAAAACUGAGGUAUAGAUUGUUAGUGUCUUAUAUAUCAAAGAUAUAUAAUUUUUGUUUGCCUUUUGCUGCUGUAGUUGAAGUAGCUACAAGUAAUGAAAACUGAAGGAUUCUCUAUCAAAUUUAUUUUGUUGGUACACUGAUUGAAAUUAUGAAGGCAUUCCUAAUGAGGGACAUGUUUGACAAAUGGGGCAAGAGUUCAUUAUUGUUUUAGUCAAUGCGCUGGCAGCAUUACAAACUGGUGUGAUCUUUGCAUGUAUUAUAGAGUUAGCUAUAAAGUAUUUUAUUAUUGCAGGCCCCAGCCCUCAGCCCAGCUUUCUUUGCCAUAAAGCAUCUUUGAAUUGUGCAGAUGCAGGCAGGAUGCUUGAGUAAUGAUUGCUGAAUGUAUCCUUGGUUCUGUGGUAUUUCAAAGUCUGUCUGGCAAAAGCUGCUGCAUUUUUUGGGAAAUAAGAUGACUCUAAAUUUGGAAAACAGUUGCCCUACUUACACUGGUCCUAUUGAAAUCAGUGAUCAUGACUUUUCUUUUUCUAUGGCUCUUAUAUAGGAUGGUACUGAAUUUUGUAUGUUUCAGAUACAAUCACAUUUUGGUAAAAAAAAACUAUUUAAAUGUUUGAAUUUGCUCCAUGUGUUCCAUUUUUUUAAUUCAAAGGGUCUAUAUGCAAGAGCCAGCCAAACUUAACCGGUAAAUUGUUUUCUAUGUUACAAGUGAAGGACUUGUCCUGUAUACUUUUGGAGGUACAAUUUGGUAAGGACUGGCAAAUGGUUAUCUCUAGAUAAGGGAAGAGGCUUAGUAUGGGAAUCAUUUUGUUCAGAAAUAUGUCUGUCCUUCUACAACAACUAGAUAAAUCUUGUGGCACCAUACAGCCCAACAUGUUUAUCAUAGAAUAAAUUGUUGCAGACCAUGGUCCAAAGAGAUACAUAAUUGACUAUGUUUCUAUCAGCUUGGAUCAAAUGUUGACCAUUUAUCUAAUAUAAGGGGCAAUGAUCAGCAGUAACCAAACCCUAAAUAUUCAAUGGCAGUUGUGAAGACUUUUUUGCUCAUUUUGAGGAACUGACACCUAUGUUAACAGAUGAAGUCUGUUAUGGAGGAUGGGUCUCUGUUAGCAUAUUGGCUGUUUAUAAAAUACCUGUUCGUUGUAGUGUCAAGAACCGAAAAGUGCAUCUGAAAACUGGCUGGGGUUGGUGUUUUCCACUGAAAUAUAAAUGGCAUUUUCUUUAGGCAGAGCAAAUAUUCUUAAGAAUCAUCUGCCUCAAGUGAUUAUUGAUGUAAAUCUUGGUAAAAUCUUUCCUGGAAAAGCUGUAGGAUUCAUUGUUAGAGGUAUUUAAUUUCAUUUGAUCAUAAGUAGGUAUUUAAUUUCAUUUUAUUUUGAGGCAAAUAGAGAGAAGAUAGGGGGUACUUUAUAUUCCCUAAGUAAAAGCCUCCCUUCUUCUGUGCCAAUUAGCUCCUUGCCAUCCACUCUGCAUAUCAUUAUGAUGCUAAAGGAUGCAUCCUGGUUGUAGGCGGUAUCCCUGAUAGGAGCUGUAAGGUGGAAGGGAACUGUGCACCGAGGCAUGCAUCUGUUUUUGAGCUAGGAUCAGAAUUAUUACUAACCACCAAUGUGAAUUGCAAAUCACUGCUGGGGGGGGGGGCAUGUUAAACAUCUGUCCCUCCAUACCUGUGUCUGAGUGCAAUGUAGCUAACGGUCUGGGGUAUUACACUGUGCUAUCCAAAGCACUUGUGUUGUCCACUGUCCGGCUUUUCCACUAGGGAGGGCAAAGCAGCUCUCAUCAGAUGGUGGAUUUUGUGGUACUAAUCAAGGGCAGCAGAUUGUACAUUAUUUAAUUUGUUAUAUGUUUACUACUAUUUGUUGUUUCUGCCUCAAGCACUCUGUUUACUGGUGUAGAAGAUUGCCCGGCUGAUUAUUUAGCAAAAGUGGCUGAAAGAAUAAUUUUCUCACUAGUAUGCUAACUGUAUAAUUUCCUUUUGAUCUAGGCUUAGGAGGGAUGAGAAUACACCUGAAUAUUUUCUGAUGUUUCUGAGACUGUUCAAGUCACUCUUUUCUUGACUUUGAUUGGAUGUAAUGUCUAAGUGUCAGGGUGCCAAGAAAAAGGGAUUUUCAUUCAGCAAAGGUUUUGCUUCCUGUGUUCACUGCUGUUUAAAACCAAUUUAUCUCUUAUGCACUGGAAACUAUUGGUAAUUCCAACAUCCAGCAGGACCUCCUCAGCUGUGGUCAUGGUUCUGUACUGGUCAUGCAUUUCCCUUCCUCAGAUGCCUGCCAGUAUUUCUCACAGUUUUUGCCUGAUAUGGGAGGCCUACGUUUAAAAGGGAGUAUGCAUCACUGCUUGUAGUUAUGAUGGUUAUUUGUUGACCAAUAUGUACAUUUUCCAGUGUUUCAUCCACUGUAUCAAUAUUUACAGCAUACUGUCUUAAUUUUAAUGGUUUAAUUGUUUUUCAGUGACAAAGAAGAGACUAAAUAAAAACAUUGACAUAA